AUGGCUCAGUCCGAUAUCGAGGCCGCCACUGCGCUCAAGGUGCAGGGGAACAAGGCCUUUGCCCAGCAUGAGUGGCCGGCCGCGGUCGAUUUCUACACCCAGGCGAUAGCAAAGUACGAUCGGGAACCUUCGUUCUUCAGCAACAGAGCGCAGGCACAUAUCAAACUCGAGGCGUAUGGGUUUGCGAUCGCGGACGCCACCAAGGCGUUGGAGCUCGACCCUGCGUAUGUCAAGGCAUAUUGGCGACGAGCCCUCGCAAACACCGCCAUCCUGAACUACCGCGACGCCCUCAAAGACUUCAAAGCCGUUGUGAAGCGCGAACCCAACAACCGCGAUGCGAAGCUGAAGCUGGCCGAUUGCGAGAAGCUGGUCCGACGGAUAGAGUUCGAGAAGGCCAUUGAGGUCAGCGAUCCGCCGUCCGCGUUCGAGGACUUGGACAUCGAUGCGAUGGCUGUGGAGUCCAGCUACGACGGUGUCCGACUCGAGAAGGAAAUGACUCAGGAAUUUAUCGAUGAUAUGAUUGAGAGGUUCAAGAAUGGCAAGAAAAUCCACCGCAAGUAUGCGUUCCAGAUUGUCAAGGCUGUCAAGGACAUUGUCUAUGCGGAGCCGACGAUGGUCGAGAUUGGAGUGGAUAAAGGGAAGAAGCUGACGGUGUGCGGUGACACGCACGGCCAAUUCUUCGACCUCCUGAACAUCUUCAAAUUGAACGGGUACCCGUCCGAGACACACGCUUAUCUCUUCAACGGUGACUUUGUCGACCGUGGCUCGUGGUCCACCGAGAUCGCUCUGCUCCUGUACGCAUACAAGUGGCUGCGGCCCGACGGUAUCUUCCUCAACCGUGGCAACCACGAGACGGACGACAUGAACAAGGUCUAUGGGUUCGAAGGCGAGUGCAAGGCCAAGUACAACGAGCGCCUGUUCAAGGUCUUCUCCGAGUCCUUCUCUGCCUUGCCUUUGGCCACUUUGAUUGGCAACAAGUACUUCGUGCUGCACGGCGGUCUCUUCUCCGACGACAAGAUCACGCUCGACGACAUCCGGAAACUGAACCGCCACAGCCAGCGACAGCCUGGCCAGCAGGGCCUGAUGAUGGAGAUGCUCUGGACCGACCCCCAGACCGAGCCCGGUCGUGGACCCAGCAAGCGUGGUGUCGGCCUCCAGUUCGGGCCUGACGUGACGAAGCGCUUCUGCGAGAAUAACGGUCUUGCGGCCAUCAUCCGGUCACACGAGGUCCGCAUGGAGGGUUACGAGGUUGAGCAUGACGGACGCUGUAUCACCGUCUUCUCCGCACCCAAGUACUGCGACACAACCGAGAACAAGGGUGCCUUCAUCAACAUCGGCCCUGAGCUCAAGCUUGAUUUCCAGGUCUUCGAGGCGGUGCCUCAUCCUGAUAUCAAACCAAUGGCCUACGCGCAGAACUCGAUCCUGUCGAUGAUGUGA